AAGAAAAUCAUGGAAAUCAUACAAGUUUCAUUAGUUUGUAUCUGACAGGUAACGUUCUUUUGUGUAUUUCGUGGCUAUUUGACUGUUCACAAUCAGUGGCCGUGUUCAAGAUGUUUAUAAACUAUGAUGUUUUGUGUGAAAUUAUGCUUAGCGGUUUGAAGACUCGCGAUGUUCUUCGUUGUAUGCAAGUGUGCAAAUCUUGGAAGUUGCAGUUGUCGGACGAAUACUUUUGGAAAAAAUUUCUUCAACUGAAUUUCGAUGUCACUGUAGAAAACGAUCGAAAUAAAUUGGAAGGGCCAUUACGCGAGUGGUCAAAUUCUGAAACAUGGUAUUGCUACUUUAGAAAAAAAUACAAUGAAAACGAGACGUAUGUGAUCAAACCCUUUCCUUCCAUGUGGAAGUGUGGUGUAGUUGUUCCCUAUGAACUAAAUCCAUUGUCGCUAAAUGUUCAAGAGUUACAGGGUCUGAGCAGAUCACUUGAGAUAUUGAUGUACAUGAAGAAAGGGGUGGUGGAAUUUGGAUUACAAUGUGGAAAUGAAUGCUCCAGUAAUGAAGGUUGCAAUUCAUUAUCAAUAGUUCUUAUGCCCUGGGUAGGUACAGAACCUAUACCAGAUAAGGAAACAGUUUUUAGCACGAUAUUUCAAUUCCAUGAUGAAAUAUGGCAAGAUCAACUGGAUGCAUACAAUUCAAAUUUUGAGACAAAAAUACCAUUUCAUUUAGUUGAGCAUUCAGAAACAGAUAUAGAUUAUUGCUUAAACCAGGUUUUUGGCCGUCCUGAAAAAGAAUAUGACAACGAGAGAGAACUUUCGUUCUUUACAUGGCUUCAGAACCUGAUGGUACCAAGUACAAUAUACAUAGCAGGUGAAGGAAAGAUGAAUCCUGUUGCGGAGUUUUUCAUCACGCCUGUGGCUCCAGGUUGGGUUGGGGGAAUUCUGACUGGUGAAAUAUGGACCUAAUUAUACCAGACAGUCAGUGACCUUUCUUCUUUGAAUUUUUGAGAGCCGCAAUCACAGCAUGAUUUUGGACUUCAACAAGUAAACCCCAAUUAAGAAAUACCAGUUCUAGUUAAAUUUAAGAUUACCUAUAUCAAAAACAUGAGGAUGAUUGACUUGGUAUUAUGUAGUAAAACUAUAAUAUGCAGUAUGACCAGCAUGCUUGAGUUAAAAUUGGUUUAAUGUUUGAAACAUUCAGCGAACUGUAAAAUGUACAAAAGUCACAGGAAUGCAACAUGCUAUCAAUAGAUUCAAAUUAUACAACUUUGAUAAAUUUGCACUCA